AGCAGGUCACAGGCAGGGUGCAGUAAGGGCAGGGAUCAAACGCCCAAGCAGCUAGACUUGUAGUCUAUGCUUUGCGUUUACUUUGCAGAAGUUGCUGGGAGGCGGAUCAUUUAGUGAUCCUGAUUUCCUAAGCUGACUGUCCAACUUCAUUUUGGGGGCAAGUCUUUCCCUGCAGUAACCCACAGUUCUUCACAGAGACUGGUGGUGCUGUAAUGUCAUCUUGCAUCCUAGAAAGAUCCAAACCAUGAGACCAUCAGCAAGAAUUAUCUGGCUUAUGUUAUGGACUGUUUGUGUAGCAGAAGGUCAACCUUGUGAUUUUCCACAAAUCAAUAAUGGGGGUCUAUAUGAUGAAGAGGAGCACAAACCCUCCUUCCCAGUAGCUACAGGAAAGUCAUUUGAAUAUUACUGCAACAGAGGAUUUUUUGCCUCCUUCAGGGACAUACUGGGACAGCAUUCACUGCACUGCACAAGGGUGGGAGCCAGCAGUCCCAUGCCGCAGGCUAUGUGGUAUCUAUCAUAUAGAGAAUGGGGAAAUUCUACAAGAGAAAGGAAACUACAUACAAGACCAGUCUGUAAGAAUCCAGUGUUACCAUGGCUACAGUCUUCCAAAUGGUCAGGACACUAUUACGUGUACAGAGAAUGGCUGGUCUCCUCAACCCAAAUGCAUCGAAAUUUACUGCACAGCACCAGAAGUUGAAAACGGAGAAGCUCUAUCUAUGAAAAUAGUUUACAAGGUGGAUGAAAGUUUUCAGUAUCAAUGUCAUCAAGGUUUUGUGUACAGAGAAAGAGGGGAUGCCAUCUGCACAGCUUCUGGAUGGAGUCCUCAGCCUUUCUGUGAAGUUAAACCUUGUAAUUUUCCACAAAUCAAAAAUGGAGAUGUAUAUUUUGAAAUGGACCACAUACCCUUCCCAGUAGCUACACCAAUGUCAUUCGAAUAUUACUGCGACAGAGGAUUUUUGCCUCCUUCAGGGAAAAACUGGGACAGCAUUCACUGCACUGCACAAGGGUGGGAGCCGGCAGUCCCAUGUCUCAGGCUAUGUGGCAUCUAUGAUAUAGAGAAUGGGGAAGUAUUACAAGAGAAAGGAGAAUACAUACAGGACCAGUCUGUAAGAGUCCAGUGUUACCCUGGCUACAGUCUUCCAAAUGGUCAGGACACAGUAACAUGUACUGAGAAUGGCUGGUCUCCUCAACCUGUAUGCGCCCCUGUCAACUGUAGAGGUCCUCCUCCAGAACAAAAUACUGAAAUUCUGUUAGGUUCUUGGUCUGACCAAUUAUAUCCAGAAGAAACUUGGGCUAUCUACAAAUGCCAACCUGGAUACCAAACAUUUGGGACUAUUGUUAAAGUAUGCAGGCGUGGAGAAUGGGUGGCUUUAAACCCAUCCAGGAUAUGUGGAAAAAGCCAUGUGGGUAUCCUGGAGACACACCCUUUGGGUCCUUUAGGCUGGCAGUUGGAACCGGGUUUGAGUUUGGUGCAAAGGUUGUUUAUACCUGCAAUGAAGGGUAUCGACUGUUAGGUGAGAUUGAUUACCGUGAAUGUGGUGUGUAGGUGGUGGACCAAUGAUAUUCCAUCAUGUGAAGCUUACCCGGAAGAAUAUCUGUUUGAUAUUGACUGUUUGCCUCCAAUGCCUCGCCACUGCUGGUGACCUUAGCUUGGCAUUCUGAUUUGAACUACUGAAAGCUGUGUCCAGCUCUGCUUCCUGAGCAUGUUGCCUUGGCCUUGACUGACGAUGAGGGGAUAGGUUUUCACCUGUUGGCCCACCUGAAUGUGUUGGGUAUAAAAGCCUCUGUGGUGCUAUUCAAUAAAUGUCUUUUACCAGUGA